AUGGAUCGCUCUUUCAUACCAGAACCUAGUCAGGAAGGUUCAUCCCGCACCUUGAAGGGAUCUAAUAAAGGUAAGGCAAAUCCAUUGGUGAAGGCAAACAAGACCUUGGCGGAUGUGCUUAAAAGCGGUCAGCCUAGGACGCCGACCGAGCCUUUCAUCUUGGACCCCAAUAAAGUGAAGCAAAGGGGCACGACAACCCGGAAGGAUGGUAUUCCUUGCCUUAAUAUACCUGAUACUGAUAAUACUGAACUCGCAGGUCGCAUGGGACUCGCCCUGAUUGGAAAAUUCUCACACUCCAUCCCAGCCCCCCACUUGAGUCGCAAGGCCCUGUCCAACUUCAAACUGAAAGGUACGCUAAGCUGGAACUUCAUUAAUGCUAAGCAUAUCCUCAUUGCCUUAUCUGAGAUUGAUGACUAUGUGAAAAUCUUAUUUGGAGCUAGUAACAAUAAUACCUGGUUUGUUGAGCAUCACCCGAUGAGAAUGUUAAAAUGGACCGUGGAUUUUGACCUCUAUUUUGAGACUCCCAUUGCUGUUGUUUGGUGUAAUUUACAUGCUUUACCCAUACAUCUUUUUGAAGAAUCCAUGUUAUUUUCCAUUGGUAAAUUGUUUGGUGAGCCAAUUCAGAUUUAUCUUAACACUAUCACACGUGCACGAUUGUCAUAUGCACGCAUUUGCAUUGAAAUAGAUAUCUCAAAGCCUGUUCCAGAAAAAUACAUUCUUUGA